GUACGUGUGAGCGGGGAUGUGCCACAUGCUUUGCUUUUCUGAACUGCCUGGUCUGCCCACAGAAUAAAUCCUGUUCACUCUGAGCAGGACUCUGUGUGCUGGGUGCUCCUGACGGAGAGUUAGAAAAGCUUCAUUGCACAACUGCCUCUCUUGUGUUUCUCCCGAAGAUUUCAUUCAGAAAUGUAUUUGUUUACUGAAGGAAUGGGCAGAUAGUAACAAACCCAUCCUCUUCUUCCUCAAAGAUAACCUGUGGAUACUGAAGAAUGGAAAUAGUCGAUGCAAGCUUCCUCGGGAACGGUACCAAUAUUACUGCUUUUCUGUGUGAUAUCAUAUUGGAAAAUGACACUUUCUUCUGUGUGAAUGAUCCACCUUAUCCUUCUAAAGAUCUGCAUCAGAUUAUUCGGAUUCUGCUGUAUUGUUUGAUAUUUCUGCUCAGUGUUUUGGGGAACAUUCUGGUAAUUACAGUACUGAUUAGAAACAAGCGGAUGAGAACAGUCACCAACACUUUUCUGCUGUCACUAGCAGUCAGCGACCUGAUGCUCUGCCUUUUCUGCAUGCCAUUCACCCUCAUUCCCAACCUGCUGAAAGAUUUUAUUUUUGGUAGCGCUGUUUGCAAAACUGCCACUUAUUUCAUGGGUAUCUCUGUAAGUGUAUCUACAUUCAACCUCGUUGCUAUAUCUUUGGAGAGAUACAGUGCCAUUUGCAAACCGCUGCAGUCCAGGGUCUGGCAGACAAAAUCUCAUGCCUUGAAAGUGAUUGCUGCUACCUGGUGUGUUUCCUUCAUUAUCAUGUCACCAUACCCAAUUUACAGCAAACUGGUGCCUUUUACCAAGUAUAACAACACCACAGCAAAUAUGUGUCGGCUCCUUUGGCCAAGUGAUGUCAUUCAGCAGUCUUGGUACAUUUUCCUGCUACUCAUACUCUUUCUUAUACCUGGGAUUAUAAUGAUGAUUGCAUAUGGCCUGAUUUCCUUGGAACUCUACAGAGGAAUAAAAUUUGAUGCCAGCCAGAGAAAAUCUUCACGAGAAAGAAAAAUAAGUACCUGCAGUACCAAAUACGAGGAUGGAGAUGGAUGCUACCUCAACAAAACCAAAAGAAAAAGGAAAAUGCCAUUGCAACAGCUCUCCGUAACUAGCCAUACCAAAAUAGACAGGGUGAGAAGCAGCAGCUCUUCCGCCAACUUAAUGGCCAAGAAACUUGUCAUCCGCAUGUUGAUGGUGAUAGUGAUUUUGUUUUUCCUUUGCUGGACUCCCAUCUUCAGCGUCAAUGCCUGGCGUGCGUUUGACACCGCUUCGGCAGACCAGCGUCUCUCGGGAGCUCCCAUCUCCUUCAUCCACUUGUUGUCCUACACUUCUGCCUGCGUCAACCCCAUCAUAUACUGCUUCAUGAACAAGCGUUUCCGCAUGGGUUUUCUAGACACUUUCACCUGCUGUGCCAAGCAAAAGCCCCCUGCAAUACGGGGAGAGGUUGGUGAGGAAGAGGAGGGGAAGACCACAGGGGCUUCACUCUCCAAAUGCUCUUACAUGCACAUGAAUGCAUCCGCACCCCCCUGAGCUGCGUCACAAGAAGCUGCCCAUGGCCUACAGACAUUCAAGUGUUUAUCACCUGGUCUUGGAAAGUGACUGUGGCAUCAGACGAACAUGAUUUAGUUCUGAGGUAAUGAAACACUUCAGCGACAGUAAAAGCAGGGAGAAUUUAAUGGGAAAUGGAUGCUAUCACUGUCUGAGCUUUAUGUCACCUUCCUUUCAAAAGUACAGAGGAAGAGGGCUCUCUGAAGAUAAGGGGCUUUAUAAAAAGCCUUAGAAGAUGCUCUAUUUGUCACAAAUUCUCCUGUAAAAAUUGGUGUUCUUUACAUCAACAGUUUCCCUCAGUUUUCAACUGCAGUUCUCUUAAAAUUUUCAAGACGCUAAUACAGUCUCCUCAAAUGUGAUUACAUGUAUGGCAGUCUUCACUUCAAUAUCUAUGCCUCAGAAUCAAAGUCUUUCUGUUACAUUCAUAGUAUUUUUUCACAUUAUUUUAACUGAGCUAAUACAUAUUGAGUUCAUUUUGGUGUCAUGGUCAAUUAAAAGCAGAAUUUUGGGGAGGGGAUAUUUGGUUUGUCCAUGUGAAAAUAACACUUUUAAGUAAAAUAUUUUUUUUUAAAUAAAAUGAAAAUAAA